GGUGGAAACGGGGAAAUAACCAAAUGUGGGGGGCCGCUUUCCUUCCAGAUGAUGCUGAUUGGACACCCGGAGGAGAGAAGAGAAGAAAGGUCAUUUCUAAUUUCCUCAUUUUUUUCUCCAUUUUUAAGUUAAUUUUCUCUGGAAACUUCCUAUUUUUAACGCCAUUCAUCCCUCCAUCCCUCAUAAGCCUGCAAGACUCAACAAUGCCAUCCAACGCUGUCACCAACACCAACUCCACCUCCUGCAAAGGCUUGGAUUUCACAGAUUCACCCGUAAACAGAAAGGCUGAUAGCAAAAUGCUAGCUAUGGACCUAAUGGAGGAGGAGAUGUCAGAUUUUAGUAGUGCUUCAUUUAAAGUUGGAAAACCUGGAAGGAAGCGUAAGCAGUUUGCAGUAGAGAGCUGCGGCUCGAUCACAGACUGUGCAAGUAUUGGCCACAGCUACCCUGGGCUGUGUAGGCCGUCCAUUUCACAAGUCCACAAUGGAGACAUGGAUUCACAUGCAGACAUGAAGCCUGACGCCUGCUUCCCCAAACAGGAGAAGAGGGAAGUGGAGAAUGGAAUUCCCAGAUGCCUGUCCUCCUACCAGGAUGAGGACAGUUCUCAGGGUCAGAGCCCGAGUCCCUCACAGGAGAACGGCUUCCCGUCCAGCCUGGAGGAGCGGCACUCGGAGGAGGACAAGGACGACGGCCUGAUGAUGCCGCGCAAGAAAAGAGGGAGGCGGAAACUGGAGCGACCGACGAAGUAUGUGGAGCACAAAGAAGACGAUGGUUGUGACACAAUCAAGACUGAGGGAGGUCGAGGCAGGCUACGAGGGGGAGUUGGUUGGGAGAUCAGCCUUCGACAGAGGCCAAUGCCCAGAAUAACCUUCCAGGCUGGUGACCCUUAUUACAUUAGCAAGCGAACCAGGGAGGAGUUGAUGGCCAAGUGGAAGAUGGAGGCAGAGAAGAAAGCCAAGCUAAUGUCAGAGCUCAACAUAAUGAAGGACCUGGAGAAGAACGAGACAGAAACCCAGAAAGAGGAGGUCUCACUAAUUAAACACCCACAGCCUUCAAAGCAACAACCUCAGCCUCAGCCACACAGCCAGCCUCUGUCCCAGCCUCAGUAUCAACAGCAAUCACAACCGUCUCCGCUGCAGCAACAGCAACAUAAGCAGCCACCACAGCAACAGCAGCAACCUACUGACCCAGCCUCCCCCCCUGUGGCAACCACCCCUGAGCCCGUCGCCAUCGAAGGAGAGGAAAAAACGUCCCCAAAGUCUGCAGACACUGAACCUGAAUAUGAGGACGGCCGUGGUUUUGGCAUCGGCGACCUGGUUUGGGGAAAGCUGCGAGGAUUUUCUUGGUGGCCAGGCCGCAUCGUAUCCUGGUGGAUGACGGGCCGGAGCAGAGCCGCUGAGGGAACCAGAUGGGUUAUGUGGUUUGGAGACGGAAAAUUCUCAGUGGUUUGUGUAGAGAAGCUUCUCCCUUUAAGUUCAUUUAGCAAUGCCUUUCACCAACCAACCUAUAACAAACAACCUAUGUACAAGAAAGCCAUCUACGAAGUAUUACAGGUGGCUAGCAGCCGGGCAGGAAAAGCCUUCACAGCCUGCCCUGACAGCGAUGAAAGUGAAACCUCCAAAUCAGUGGACAUGUUAAACAAGCAGAUGAUUGAGUGGGCGAUGACAGGGUUCCAGCCCACUGGACCUAAGGGCUUAGAACCACCAGAGGAGGAGCGUAACUGCGAGGUUUACCCUGAGAUGUGGGUGGAGCCCGAAGCAGCAGCCUAUACACCCCCCCCAGCCAAAAAGCCUCGCAAAAGCACAGCUGAAAAACCUAAAGUCAAGGACAUCAUUGAUGAGAGAACAAGAGAGCGGCUUAUUUAUGAAGUGAGACAGAAAAGCCGCAGCUUAGAGGACCUCUGUAUAUCUUGUGGAAGUUUAAAUGUAAGCCUGGAGCACCCUCUGUUUGCUGGAGGAAUGUGCCAGAGCUGCAAGAACUGCUUCCUGGAAUGUGCAUAUCAAUAUGACGAUGAUGGUUAUCAAUCCUACUGUACUAUUUGCUGCGGCGGGCGAGAGGUACUGAUGUGUGGAAACAACAACUGUUGCCGGUGCUUCUGUGUUGAGUGUGUGGACCUCCUCGUUGGUCAAGGAGCCGCCCAUUCUGCCAUCAAAGAGGACCCGUGGAACUGCUUCAUGUGCUCUUCCAAGCGCGUGUUCGGCCUUCUGGAGCGCCGCGAAGACUGGCCCUGCCGCCUGCAGCUCUUCUUUGCAAAUAAUCACGAUCAAGAUUUUGAUCCACCAAAGCUUUACCCCCCGGUCCUGGUGGAAAAGAGGAAGCCCAUUCGCGUUCUUUCCCUCUUUGAUGGCAUAGCUACAGGGCUGCUGGUUUUAAAAGAUCUUGGCAUCGAAGUGGAUCGCUACAUAGCGUCCGAGGUGUGCGAGGACUCAAUCACCGUGGGGCUCGUCCGACAUCAGGGGCGGAUCAUGUAUGUUGGGGAUGUGAGGAAUGUCACACGCAAACAUAUUCAGGAGUGGGGUCCAUUUGACCUUGUCAUUGGUGGAAGUCCCUGCAAUGACCUCUCGAUAGUCAACCCUGCAAGGAAGGGCCUUUAUGGAGGAACCGGCCGCCUUUUCUUUGAGUUCUACCGGCUGCUCCACGAGGCUCGGCCGAAGGAAGGAGACGACAGGCCUUUCUUCUGGCUCUUUGAGAAUGUGGUCUCAAUGGGUGUCAGCGACAAGAGGGACAUCUCUCGCUUUUUAGAGUGUAAUCCAGUAAUGAUUGAUGCCAAGGAGGUGUCCGCUGCUCACCGCGCCCGUUACUUUUGGGGUAACCUUCCUGGCAUGAACAGACCUCUGUCCGCUAUGUGCUCUGACAGGUUGGACCUCCAGGACUGUUUGGAGCACGGCAGAACAGCAAAGUUUGAGAAAGUGAGGACCAUCACCACCAGGUCUAAUUCCAUCAAGCAAGGAAAGGAUCAGCAUUUCCCCGUCUGUAUGAAUGAAAAGGAAGACAUUCUUUGGUGCACUGAGAUAGAGAGGAUAUUUGGCUUCCCAGUCCACUAUACAGACGUUUCCAACAUGAGUCGACUGGGGAGGCAGAGGCUCCUGGGCCGAUCAUGGAGUGUCCCUGUCAUCCGCCAUCUCUUUGCACCACUUAAAGAUUACUUUGCCUGUGUAUGAGAUGCAGGAAAUGUUGCCUUUUUAGGCCAUUUAGGAACCAGAAAUAAGAGCCUUGAUCCUCUAAUUAUACUCUUGGUAUAAUUUGUAAGCGAAACAUUGACAUAGAUUUCACAUUAUCUCUUGUAUUUGAAUUGUAAUUCUUAUUCUAUUUAAUUUUUACCUUUUAGCAGUGUUAUUAAGUAUUGUUUAUUUGUUUGUGCAAGCUAUACUUAUAUGAGGGGAAUGUUGUUCAUUUUUGAUAAUAUCAAUCAAAAGGUUUUUCAGCGUAAAAACACUUUUAAAAGCGGAACUGUACAAACAGCU